AUGGAUGAAACACUGCCGGAUCAUCAGGCCAUAACAGUUCCAGUUCCUUCCGUCAAUAUAACCGUUGAAGACAAAUUCAAAAGUUUCCUCCUAUCAGAUAUCACUCAUGUUGUUGUCCAGCUUUCCGAUAAGAGACUAGACUCAAUCAUGCAGUCUGUCUGCGGAAUCUCUUACGACUUCAACAAGCCUUGGCCAUUCUGGUUUUUUAUCGGGAAAAUCAUGUCGAAGGCUUUUUAUGGCAAUGAGCAACAGCUAGAAUGGCUAAAUGCUGUUCGGGUUGGAACCAGGGAGUUUAUUGCAUUUACCAAUACCCAGGACAACCGCGAUGUUGAUAAAACUGAGGGGUUCAGCAAGCAUACAAUGAUUCAAGUCGUCGAGGUUGAUUUCUCUAAACCUCGCCUAGGUGCAGAUUUGGAUUUAUUCUGGAAGCCGGCAAGAAAGAUAAUCACUCAAAAGGUUCAGAACUGUACGUGA